AUGAGGAUUGCAGACAUCUCAAUUAAAAUUGGGAUAGUUUCCUGGCACUUGUUGACAACAUUUUUGUUGAAGCAAGCGAUUCAAAAUUCAUGGCAAUGCGUAGAAACAUAUUUGAGAUUUAUUUUAGGCAAAAUGCAUAAAAGAAACGACGCGCCAUGUCGCGGUCCAUUUUUCGAUAGCUUCGCUGUUGGUGAAUGA